AUGAUUUAUUUUGUAAUAUUAAUACUUAUAUGUUUUAUUAUUGGAUUAGUGGGGGUAGCUUCAAAUCCAUCUCCUUAUUUUGCUGCUUUUGGAUUAGUGAUAUCAGCUGCUAUUGGUUGUGGUUUAUUAGCUAGUCAUGGUACUUCUUUUUUAUCUUUUGUUUUAUUUUUAAUUUAUUUAGGGGGAAUAUUAGUUGUUUUUGUUUAUUCUGCAGCAUUGACUGCUGAACCUUAUCCAGAAAGUUGGUUAGAUUGACCAGUUUUGGUUAAUGUGAUGAUAUAUUUAUUGGGAGUUGGGGUAGGAGUUUAUUAUUUUUUUGGAGAAUGGAAUAUAAUGCAUUGAAUAGGAGUAGAUGAAUUGAAUAAUUUUAGUUUAUGACGAGGAGAUUUAAGUGGUACAUCUUUAAUAUAUUCUGAUGGUAUUAUGUUAUUAUUUUUAGCUGGAUGAGUUCUUCUUUUAACUCUUUUUGUGGUACUUGAAUUAAUUCGGGGAUUAGGUCGAGGAGCAUUACGGGUAGUUUAA